AUGGACGACGAAACCAUCGGAUCAUUCAUGACCAUCACCUCCGCCACCCCGCAACAAGCCCAAAGCUACCUCCAGAUCGCCGACGGCAACCUCGAGCAAGCCAUCCAGCUCUUCUUCGACAGCCCCGGCCUCGACGUUGCCGGAGCCCAACCCACCACCGCGCCUACUGCGCCCGCACCGCCCGCGCCGUCGCACCCUAGCGCCCCGUACACCGAGGACGACGAUGGCAUAAUCCACAUUGACUCGGACGACGAGACUCCGGAAGCGGGUACGCCGCAGCCGCAGCAGCCCGCACCGACGCAGCAGACGUAUCAGCCGGAUGCGAUGUUUGAGGACGAUGAGGCGUUGGCGAGACGGUUGCAGGAGGAGAUGUACGCGGGCGGGGAUAUGUCGGCCGGAGUGGAUGCGGAGGGGGUGAGGGCUCCGUUGGCGAGGACGAGAGAGACGUUGGUGGGGCCGGAUGCGGAGUACGGGGGGGAGGAUGGCAUUCAGGCGUCGAUUGCACAGCAGCUGAUGGAGCGGGAGAGGAGAAGAGCGGCGGGUCGCCCUGGUAUCUUCAAUCAACGCGAAUCUCAACCUACCAUUUGGGAAGACAACGAUCCUGUCACCUCACAGCGAGAAUUGGCUCGUGCCACCGGAGGCGCGUCCGACGCUUCAUCGAAAUCCAGCCACCUCGCCAAUCUGUUCCGCCCGCCCUUCGAACUGCUCACCAACCUGUCCUGGGAAGAAGCCCGCGAGGAAGGCAAGGACCAAGAAAAAUGGCUCCUCGUCAACAUCCAAGAGCCGUCCGUCUUCGACUGCCAAGUCCUCAAUCGCGACAUCUGGAAAGACAAGGGCAUCGUCGAAGCCGUCCGCGAGAAUUUCAUCUUCCUGCAAUACACCAACAACGACCCCCGCGCCAUGCCCUACGUCCAAUACUACUUCCACACCCACGAAUCCCCCGACGCAUACCCGCACAUCGCCAUCGUCGACCCCCGCACCGGCGAGCAAGUCAAAGUCUGGUCCGGUCCCCCCGGCCCCAAACCUGCCGACUUCCUCACCGACCUCCAUGAGUUCCUCGACCGCUACAGCCUCAACGUCCACGCCCGCAACCCCGUCGCAACCCGCAAGCCCGCACCCCGCCGCGAGACCCAAGUCGAGCGCAUGACUGAGGACGAAAUGCUCGAAAUGGCCGUCCGCAACUCCCUCGCCGCCGACCACGGCUCCGCGUCUCGCGCCCUCGACCCUGACGCGCUGACCAAGAGCGACGGUUCCACCCCCUCCAGCGACGACUCCGCCCUGCGCAUCGACAAGGGCAAGGCCCGCGCAUCCACCCCCUCCACCCCCGCCGAGGCGAAUGGCCUCGCGCCCUUCGCACCCGACGCACGCCAACCCUCCCCCUCCCCAGCACCCCCCUCCCUCUUCUCCACGAUCCGCUCCGACGCACCACACACCGAACCGGCCGCGGAUCCCGCCACCACGACGCGCAUCCAGUUCCGACAUCCGUCCGGGCGGGUGAUCCGACGGUUCGGGCUCGAGGAGCCGGUGGGGCGGAUCUACGAGUGGUUGAAAGCGGAGCCGGAGGCGAUUGGGGGGCGGGACGGGGAGGGGAGGGCGAGAGAGUUUGAGUUGGUGAGCAUGGGGAGGAAUUUGAUGGGAGAGGGAAGGGUGGGGUUGGAGGGGAGUGUGAGGGAGGCGGGGUUGAUGAAUGGGACGGUGAUGGUGGAGUUUGUGGGGUAG